UGGAGGAUUUAGUAUACUUCUGCCAACAAAAGCCAAACUAAAGGUGCUGCAAAGAGAGGGAAGCAAGCAAAAGAUAAAUGUAGCUGAAAUAGAAAAGUGUGCUAAACAUUCAUGAAGCACACAACCAGAAUUUAGAAAAGAGGGGAGUGAAAAUACAGGUGUACAGAGAAAGGGGCUAAAUCAGAUUUAGUUUUAAUGUUGAAAAACUGACCAUUUAACAGGAAAAAAUAUUUCACAUUUUCUUUUUUUCAGGACAGGGAGCAAUAACUGUUGCCAAAUAAAAGACUUGAAUAGCAAAAUAAAGCAAGGGUAAUUCAGUUGCAACAAUAGGGUCAUUACGUAUUUUCUAGGAAUGUAGUGCCAUUUUAGAGCACAAUCAAGUAACUGUUUCCACCAAUUGUUAUAAAAAAUAUGUAUCAGAAAUGACUUUUAAAAAAUUUGACUUUGUAAAUUAAUGCUUUGAAAUUGGACUUCUAUCUGUUUAAAAUCUCCUGCUCUUUCUGGAACUCUCCCCUAAUGAGUCAUUACAGCAUCACUGCUCUAUUAACCCUUUAACAAAGUUUUUACCAACAUUGCACUGAGAAGCAUAUAUAAUGACCACAAAAGUAAGCACAAAAAACAACACCUCACUAUACAAUUCACAGGACAGAACACAGAACAUUUCCGUUAAAAGAAGCAAAAACACAAAAAAAACAGGUGUGCAGGCCCAUAGAGGACUCAUGGACAGUGCAUUAUUACCUCAGAUAUGAUGUCCGUAUUUUUUUAUUGGCUUUCAGCCAAACUUCUACAGAUGAGCAACAGGACGACUCUGACCCGAGGAGGUGACAUGUAUUAUUUACUCAUCAGCAGAGUAACACAAUCCCUGUGUCAUCAACCAGCAGCAGGCAGCAGGUGAAGUGCUCAGGUGAUGUGCUCCGAGGCGACUGCUGGCCACAUUUUACAGGAAAUGCUGUAAAGAAAACAGAACAGAAAGCAAACUGAUGUGAGUCUGUUAUAAAGCUGCUGCAUGCAGGACUCUGCUUGGAUCAGGUGUGACUCACAGAAGAAACCCAAACUAUCUGGGUUCAAGGAUAAACCUCUCUCUUUGAACAUAGCUGCCUGAUGGGAAGAGCACAAAGUUACCUUUUACCCUUUGAAAAGGCAACAGCAAAAUAAAGAGACUGAAAGAGCUGCUUUCAUUGGACGGUGUUUGGGAGUUAAAAUAAAUGGUUGAUUGUUCUUUGAAAUGCUCUGGUUCCCGGAAGCCUACAUAAUUUCCUUUAAAACAGUGCUGCACACAUGACAAGAACAGCGGAUUCUACUGCUCAGCUUACCUAUAAUUUUGAAAGCCACCAGUUUGGUUGUCAAUUCCUGAUUAUUUUUUUCAAGACUCAGACUUUGGAUGUUUCAGGACUCAACGUCUCAGCAGGUGGUCCACACCAAACUGUUAGUUAAAAGAUACGUUGAUAAUUUUCUGUGUGGUACAGAAGACCAAGAGUCCAGCAAGAGGGAUGUCUAGGCGUGGAGAUUUUAAUCACCUGGAGCUUACGGUUGAUAUGCUUCUUUUUACCUCUUUUUGAUGAGGAGACAAGUGAACAAUGAACUGGGGAUUUUUGGAGAAGAUCCUGAGUGGAGUGAACAAGUACUCCACUUCAAUUGGCCGGAUCUGGCUCUCUGUGGUCUUCCUGUUCAGGAUCCUGGUAUAUGUGGCUGCGGCUGAGCAGGUCUGGAAGGACGAGCAAAAUGACUUUGUGUGCAACACACUGCAGCCUGGCUGCAAGAAUGCCUGCUUCGACCAUUUCUUCCCCAUAUCUCAGAUUCGUCUUUGGGCUCUACAGCUCAUCAUGGUGUCCACACCAUCCCUAAUGGUGGCCCUUCAUGUGGGCUACAGGGAGCACCGGGAGGCCAAGCACAAGAGAAAGUUCUACAAGGACAAAAGGAGCAUUGAUGGUGGUCUUUUCUGUACCUAUGUCAUCAGCUUGCUCUUUAAGAUGGGCUUUGAAGUGGGGUUCUUGCUGGCUUUUUACUACUUGUACAGUGGUUUUGGGGUGCCCAUCCUGAUGCAGUGCACACAGGAACCCUGCCCCAACACUGUGGACUGCUACAUAGCCCGAGCCACGGAGAAGAAGAUCUUCCUCUACAUCAUGGGCUGCACCUCCAUUUUGUGUAUAGCUCUCAACUUCUCAGAGCUCCUUUACAUUGUGUGGAAGCAACUGUGGAGACACUUCAGCAGGCGAUAUGUUCCUGUGGAGCAGCAGAUUUUGAAAAACAGCCAGCUUCAUGUUUCAGCUGACAAAAGAUUCACAUCGUCUGAGCAGCUUGAAAACACAAAGGUCUGCACACCAGAACCCGCAGCUGAUGCAGUUGAAAAACCUGCCAGUCCAGUUCAGCAGAGCUGA